AUGCCAGCUAAAACAUUUUCAGAUGAAAUGGAAAUCUCGGGUGAUGGGUCACCUGCUGAUUCCCAAAUAAACUAUAAUGAUGCUAUAGAUUAUUGGACAUCAGUUCCUGCAUCAGUGAAUGGUGUUCUUGGUGGUUUUGGAGAACAAACAUCGGUACCCAAAGCUGAUAUCGUAGGAUCCUCUACCUUCUGUCGUAAGCUUCAAGCUCGUAUGGUAUGCCCUGAAGGUUACAAGAAGUUAACCAUAGAUAUGGGUGCAGGCAUUGGUAGAAUUACCAGAGAUUUUCUUUGGAAAAUUAGUGAUACUUGCGAUUUGUUGGAACCAGUCAAGCCAUUUGUCGCCCAGAUGGGUCCAGAAUUGCAGCAGGUUGCUGCAAAAGGUAAAUUGGGAGAUAUUUAUGACAUAGGUAUGCAAGAAUGGGCACCUGCUCCUGAAAAAGCUGGUCACUACUGGUUAGUUUGGUGCCAAUGGUGCGUGGGUCAGCUACCUGAUGAGGAACUUGUGCAAUUUUGGAUCCGCUGUAGAGAAGCUCUUAUUGGUAAUGGUAUCGGGACUAUGAUUGUUAAAGAAAAUAUUGCACCCGGAGAAGACAUAUUUGAUGAAACUGACAGUUCAGUUACCAGGACUGAUGCCAAGUUUAGGCAGUUAUUCCAACAAGCAGGGUUUAAGUUGAUAGCGAGUGACGUUCAAAAAGGAUUGCCCAAGGAGUUAUAUCCUGUCAGAAUGUACUGUUUGAAGGCAGCCAACUAA